AUGUCCGACGAACGCCGCCGCCGCAUUGUCGCGGAACUGCAGGCCAAUCCCACCGUCCGAAUCUCCGAACUGGCGCGCCUCUUCGGCGUGACCACGGAGACGGUGCGGCGGGAUGUGGACAGCCUGUCGGACGAAGGCUUGGUGAGUCGGACCUACGGCGGUGCCGCGGCGACGACGCUGAGCCGGGAGCCCAGCCUGGACGAGCGUCACGGCCUGCUGGUCGCCGAGCGUCAGCGGAUCGCCCGCGCGGCGGUGGAUUUCGUCGAGGACGGUCAGGUGCUGAUGAUCGAUUCCGGUGCGACCACCGCGCACUUCGUGCGCCGCCUCGCGGUCGAGCGCCGACGCCUUACGGUGAUCACGAACGGCACGGGCUUGGCCGCGGCCCUGGCGGCCAACGACAGCUUCAGGGUGCUGCUCUGCCCCGGCGACUACAAUGCGAGCGAAAGCGGCACCUACGGGCCGGAGGUCGGAGCUUUCCUGGAACGCUAUCGCGCGGAUCAGGCCUUCAUCGGCGCCGGAGGGAUGACGCUGGAGGGGCCGAACGACGUCUCGGCUGAACUCUGCUGGGUCAAGCGGGCGAUGAUCGAGCGGGCCAGCGAGACGACGCUGCUGGUCGAUCACGGCAAGUUCGGGCGUUUCGGUCUGCUUCGCCCUUCGGCAUAA